ACUUUUACUUGUCAGCAAAUCCGAAGAUAAGAGAUUUCAGGUUACUCUCCAAGUUAACCGAGAUAAAGUUUGUGACUGGUCCAUCUUGUAAGACUGCCGUCACUAACACCGAUAAUGGAGGAAGAAGAGGCGGUCGGUGGCGUGGAGAAUUCGGAGCGAUAUUUGUCUGAGACCUAUGCCGCCGAGUCUCUGGCAGCGGACAUGGAUCCUUGGAUCAUAUUUGACGCCCGUAAAACUCCCAGAGCGGAAUUUGACCGCUGGCUCCAGUCUAACAGGCCCUCGCAGGUCAGUCGCUAUGGCGACGAAGCAGACGGCUCGGGACUUGUGGGCUGGAUAGCUGUUUCAGGUCCGGACCGCUGCCCCAGUAAUAAGGACGUGAUGGGCUUACAAGAGAACUGGGAGAGACUUUUAGCGAGCGGGCGACCAGUCACGUUUCAAACAGUGAAGGAACUGGCCCUAAACCAUAAUGUUCUCUCUGGAAAAUGGUUGAUGCAUUUGGACACUGGCUUCAAGGUGGACCACGCUUGGGAGUGUAUCGCCAGGGCUGUCGUGGAUGGGAAAAUCUCCUCAGCCAAGGUGAGUCCGCACAACCCCAGGUCGGACGCCAGGCACGUCAUCUGCGUCUACAACACGGAUUUCACAGACGAGGGUCAGGUGAUGAGACUGGACGCUGUCAUUCGGGCCACGGGGGUGAAGUGUCCCCUCUUUUAUAAACCAGACGUGUACACGUACCUCGGCAUCUACCGCAGCAACCGCUGGAAACUCUGCCCGACCAUAUACGAGAGCAGGUUUGACCUGGAGUGUGUGCCCCGUCGCUCUCACAUCACCAAUAAGGUGACCAAUCAGGAGGUUACGUAAGCCCGCCUGAAAGGACAGCUUUCGUACCAGUAAUUCGGCUGACUAUUCCUAUUUUGUGCUAACUGACAUAUGGUGUACUUUAUAGUAUAGGCCUAUAGCUACCUAUACUGUCUAUUCAAGUUUGCUUGUAGAGAUUGAGACUGAUUUUGUUGCCUUGGGCUGGGGUCACCUGGCAUCCUGCAUCGCUGCCUUUGCUUUGCUCGUAACGUCUGUCUUUUGAUCGCCGAGGGGCGCCGAGCUUCUUUGAACAAGCUCGUCUUCUGCUCUUUGGAAACGGAUGUUCCUGAAGGUUUCCUUUGCCCCGUCACACUGCUGCCACGGAAACACCUGGAGGCUAUUUCACAGGCGUCCUCAGUUAGCUGGUCAACCUUACUCAAAACUCAAGGCUGUCCAGGAAGGACAGUCCUUCGUCCUUUUACUGUCAGACACUCGAGACUUUUGGCUCAAGCCGUCUGGUUUAGU